GUGUGUGUGUAUCUCAGUCAAUCGGUGUGUGUGAAGCUCAGAGAAGAGCAGCAUCAGUUUCUCUCUCUUCAUCUUUUUGCUUGAAUUAUUUGCCUUCCAUUCCCAGUUUAUUCAAACAGAAGACGCGGGAAGCGUUCCGCGGCAUAAUCUCGUCUGUUCAGUUGUGGGACCGUUAGUGACGGUUAGGCGCUCAACUCGCGCGCGGAUCUGAAUCAUGUGAAGCGCCGCUGACUGAACCGAACCGAACCGAACCGAACCGAACCGAGAGGAAGCGGAAACCCUGUCUCCCGCCGGACUGAUCGCGCGCUGAUCGGAUGGAUUGAUCAGGAGCGCGCAGGUGCGGCAGGAUGAGCAUGAGGGAUCUUCAGAAAGUUCUCACUCAGGUCCUCCUCCUGGCUCUCCUGGGAUCUGCAGCUCAAUCCAGGGAAUAUCAGGUGGUGCGUGGCGUGCGGAUGGGAACGUGUGAGGUGGUGGCGUUACACCGAUGCUGCAAUAAGAACAAGAUCGAGGAGCGUUCGCAGACCGUCAAGUGCUCGUGUUUCCCGGGACAAGUGGCAGGAACCACCAGAGCGGCUCCGUCCUGCGUAGACGCCUCUAUAGUACAGCAGAAGUGGUGGUGUCAGAUGCAUCCGUGUCUGGAUGGAGAGGACUGUAAAGUGCUGCCGGAUCUCAAAGGAUGGAGCUGUGCUAUGGGGAAUAAGAUCAAGACCACAAAGAUCUCCUCAGACCGGGAUCAGCUCUGGUGACCGCUGGAAACCCGAUACAGAGACGCUCAUCAGUUGUGUCCGUCUCGUCUGUACUGGAGGAGUCAUUCAGAGCAGAGACGGGAAAAUCCCAGGAUCUGCAGUGAGACUCUCAUGGCUCAGUGACGUUCAUUCAUCAGCGGCUCAGACCUGCUCAUUAUUAACCGUGAUUGAGCUGCCGAUCAGGAUCCGGACCGAUGAAGGUCACAGAGCUCCGGCCAAAACAUGAACUUCAUCAGUGUCCAGAUGGAUUACGGUGGAAGAAAAACAGAUGAACUGUUUGUUCCCGCAUUUCUUGAAGUUCUAAUGUGAAUGUUCAUAUAUCCUUAUACUGAAUGGCAUCAUAUCAGAAGACUCCAGCAGGAUUUUUCUGCACUGCAGAUGCUUUAUCUGUGUGUAAAUGAUGCAUAGUCUCAUAAUAAACCAUGAUUGUCUUAA